AUGGAAUAUGAAUACGAACCAGAAGGCUGUUUUCGAAACGUUUUUCGCUCAUUUGUUUUUGUGGUGCUAACUUUGUUGCUAGGAAUGCAAGUAUAUAUGUACUUUGUGGGACCUCAGGAAACAUUGGAAGGAGACUUUACAGACAUAAAAUAUGUAGUUAUGCAAUUAACGCAUGGGCUUUCAGAGGUGAACCGCAAACAUGAACGAUUGCAAAAUGAAAUGGCUCGGAUAUCCACAGCCUUGCCAGCCGUUGCUGCGGCAGCUGGAAGGGCGAGGGACGCAUUGGAACCUUCGCAACGAAUCUCAUCAGGUUCUUUUGAUGUGCAGGAUUAUGAUCGUCAGAUGGCUGAUUUCGCCCUUCAAACGGCUGGAGCUCGUGUUAUUGAUACUGGAGAUACGAUAGAGCACAUUAUUUACGAAUCCUCAGUUGGUUGGGUAUUGCACGUUUUAACGUCGUUACUAUGUCGUGAGUGCCUCGGCGCAAACGCCAUUAUAACACCGGGAACAUUACCUGGUGAAUGUUGGGCGUUCAAAGGUUCCAGGGGAGAGGCGACUAUAAAAUUACUUGGAACUGUGCUAGUAACUGGUGUUAGUUUAGAACACAUCCCGCCGCAUAUCUCUCCAACCAGGGAAAUUUCAUCGGCGCCACGUUUAUUUCAAAUUGAGGGACUAGAAUAUCGCUCUGAUCCUUAUCCUCAUGAUUUUGGAACAUUUGAAUACGAUAGAGAUGGUAAACCUAUACAAUAUUUUGAUGUUAUGCAUCCUGCGCAGAAGGGAUACGAUUUGAUUCGUGUUAAGAUUUAUUCCAACUGGGGAAAUUCUGUGUAUACUUGUGUGUACCGUGUUAGAAUUCACGGCGAUUUGGUAACUGGAUCCACACCACACAAGACUGGAAGAGAUGACGACUUAUUUAUUGAGAAUGAAUAA